UGUCGUCCAAGCAGAUAGUACGAAAUUCAGACAUAGACAUAGAAGUCGCUCCUCUCAGAAUUCGCUAAAUCAGACUAAGAACAUCAUCAUGCCUUCCGCUGCAGGCGCACGGGCUCCGCAUCAUGCGGCGCCAUAUCCAGAUCAGGAAAUGCAAGACGAAGCUGUUGUCAACGCUUUUCUCGCUUCGCGGACACCGAGAGAGACCACGACUUCCACAUCGACAAGUUCUCAAGUGAAAAAUCACGUCAACUACAAUGAAAGCAGGAUGUUGCACAAGAUGAACAUAAGCAGCAAGAUGCUUUCUUCCACUGGCUCCACUGACCAUGACGAACGUGACCGAGACAUCAGCGCUUUCACAGAGCUCAUGCGCCAGAGCUGGGAUGGGCUAGAACGGCGCUUUUCGAACGUCGUAAAUGCGGCAGAACCGCCAAUCGUAGAUGUGCCAUCUUUGAUGUUUGGUACAACAGAGUUUAAUAUUUGGUAAAGGCUAAAAAUGAUAAUGAAUAUGAACUUCAUCAAGUCGAGGAACAAGGCAAUCACAUCUUGAUCUUCCGGAUCUUCCUAAAAAUCAUGUCCCUUGUCACUCCACUAUCGUCCACAGCCUCAAGAAUGCAGCGUGGCGAAGAGGACACGCCUCAGGCAGGCGAUUUGUUAGACGAUUCAGCAUAUCAUGGUGAUCAGCAUCAGCCAUCGCAGAUAGAACAAGGAAACGAGGAUUAUGCCCAUCAUGGAGCACAACGCCUGCUCCAGUCCUCUCCACCGCAUCAAGACGACAGCACAGCCUUACAUGAUCCGUUUCGCGUCUUACAUGAGUUAGACGCGUCUAUUGAGGAGCAUUACCAAAAGAAGAUCAAGAACCUCGAAGAACGACACCGACUGGAACUGCAAGAGAAGGAGAAAAUGAUGCGGGAGAAACUUCAUUCAGCAAAAGAACAAACCGCUCUGUGGAAACGCAGGUGUCAAACGAUGUUGCGAGAGGUGAAAAAGUAUCUGCCUGAAGGAGGCCGUCUUGGCUUGUCUUGGAUAGAAGAAGAGCUCAAGGCUACGAGCUUUGGCGAAGCGUCGCCAUCUUCGAGAAGCCGAUCGUCGUCUGAUGGAGAUGAGAUGAAUGAAGUUGUAGCGCACGAUGUUGAUCAACGCUUUCAAGACCGACAACCACGGCGUAGUACUAGAGCUUAUGAGGAGGCGGACGAGGAGGAGGACGAGCCCGACGCUCCUGAUCAUUCUCGGUUGGCUGGUGUUUCUCGGGACACAGAGGUCAGGAGGUUGCAGAGAAUAGUGAAGAAACAAGGUCUCCUCAUCUCGAAGUGGAAAAAGGUCCUAAGCAGUUGUAAAAUCAGAGGAACUACAAGCGGAGUAAGAACCCCAACAAGUUGUACUACGGCAUUGACAUCGUCACGCAACAUACUAGUCAGUAAGAGCAGUUCUAUGGCCCCCGCAUCGGAGACCGUGCAUUUCGACUUGCAAGAGCUGAUUACUUGUUCAACGACGCAGGCGCCAACAAUAACACCGAUGACAGAUAUCGGCGAUCAAGUGGGUGUGGCUGCGACGCCAUGUAGUCCGCCUUCCGCUGGGAGAAGCAAGCGGCUGAUGUCACCGUCUUCGAAAGAGCAAGACCACGUGGAGGAGAAAAGCAGUACAGAUAGAAAUAACGAAGAGCGGACCACUCGUAGUUCUGCAGAACAAGAAGAUGACGUGAACAACAAGGUUCCGGUUUCUAGUUCACCCUAUGGCGGCAGCGCAAGUACUUGUCUUUCGCUGUCUCCCUCCUCUAUUGCGCCAACACCGUCUCAGGAGCACAAAGUGGACGAGGACGAUGGGUCUUGUCGUGUGCAAAGGACCUGCGCUGCCCAACUACAUCAGAUGCAACAAGUAGACACUUCUAGUUGUCUCAUAGCCGAAACAUCUUCCUUCAUUGCACCACCAACUCCAUACUCUGCACGAACACCCUCAAGUCCUUCUAACGCACUUCAUCACAGGGGAAGUGCAAUUGCAGUAGGUGGCGUUGCACCUACAGCUGCCACAAAUCGGGAAAAGCCUACGAAAGAGCAGCUAGCAUUCGAGAGUCGAUCCAGACUCGCCAGAGCGUUUUCGAGCGACCUAGUCUCUCGGUCUCGCGCCAGUCUAGAAGGCUAUGCCCAGAUUUUCCAGAACCGUCAAGGCCGCAAUGUGAUGGCGGAUGCCUUGUUUUCAGGAGCCCAAGGAGCCGGCGAUUACACUGCGUCUGCACGCACUUCAACCACAAGCUUGCAGGUUGCUGUUCCUGGAGCGCUGAAUACUAGUACAAUGUCUGGAGUUCUUGGUGAAGGCGGUACUAGUAGACAAAAUCCUCGUGAGGAAGAAGCAAGUACAACUUCUCAAACUAAACGAUUCUCCACUAAUCUCGUCGUACCAACACAUCCGCCUGAAGAAGAUGGAAGUACCAACCUGGAAGUGUUGUACUCGACGUUACCUACUCAUGAAGAGGUAGGAUGCCAACAUGAUCUUCUGUUGAGUAGGCAGACAUCAGGGUCCUUGGCGGGAUUGGAAUUACAGCCUUUACAAUGUGCUAUGAGCUCACCGACAACUGCAACUCCUGCGCCGCCACCAGAAGGGUCUAACAGUCGUGGACUUUUGAGUAAAGCUUCUUCACCUACUUUCUCUUCCUCUUCUGCUGCACCUGGUGACAAGGAUGUUGAUCAUGCACAUGCUCUCGACUCCAUGCCUAUCGCUCAAGCUUCGCCAUCUAUAACAGACCUGAAACCUCCUAGAACAGCAAGCCGUCUUCCACACCCACCUGGUGCUGCAAGCGAUAGUUUGCUCAACGACCAAGAACUCCUACUAUUGCCCUACUGUCCUAGUUCACCUAGCGCCCAGAAAAGUGGACACAAGAAACAACAAGAUCAUCUCGGUUGUAGCUCAUCUUCCUUGGCACCUGGCCCCUCCAAUAACAAUAAGACAACUCUCACGUUGGAAUCUUGCGCUACAACAUCAAAAGACGAUGUUUCUCUGCGAAAAACUGCUCAACAAGUAGAGCACAUGCAUAUGUCCUCUUCUUCCAAAUCUAACGAUAAGAAUCAACAUACUGCUUUGAUGCUAGGAGGUCCAACCCACAGCCUCCCUCAACGGGACGAGUUCCAACUUCAUCAAAAUACUACUACUAGACACAGCAACCCGACAGGAACCAUUCUUGAGAACAAAGACAACAUCAACAUGACCACAACUUCUCCUGUGGUCAACAUACAGCUAGUCUCGCCUGUAGUUCAGGUUCUUAGCCCCACCGAGUCCUCUCAAGAACAUCAUCAAAUGCAAGAAGUUGUACUAAAUCGUCCUACAACUAGUAGAGGCCUUCUCGAACCUCAGCUACUGCAGCCUUCGCCUCAGACUUCAUCGUCAUCGUCCUUAACUCUUCCCGGAGCACAACAUGAAGUCAGAUCAUCAGCAGGAGGACUCUUUUCACAAGGCAACAACGACAACAUGAGCGCACAAGAAACGCUCACAUCUAGCACUGCCAACGACAAUUCGUCGAGAGUUGCAAGUACGAGCAGUCGAAAAGAGUUUGUCCAAAUAGUACACGCGAUAAGCCCUAUUCCUGGUGUGAGGAACACCUCUCGGAAAUCAUCGCUUUCGAAUAGCAUAUCACAGAGUCAAAAUUUCACGCCUAAAAUUACCCAUUCGGGACCGGAUUACCAGCACCACUUUUUGGGUCAGAGAGUCGGGUAUGAAGUGGCGAUAGAACCACCAAAACAUGCUGAGAAGGGGGCGUAUUCUGAGCUAGAAAAUCAGGCUGGAUCAUCAUCUCUAGGGUUGUCUGGUGGUACAACUGCUUCUAGUAUGCGCCAAAGACAAAAAUAUGCGCGUGAAGAGACUGAUGCUCUACGGGCAGCCCUUCUCGCUUCUCGCCGAAAUUGAGACCCAUGCGACCGAAGAUUUUUGGUAGUGCCUUCACGACUCAUUAUCCUGAAGAUGAAGCCAUAGCU